CUGUAAGAAGUAAGAACCAUCACAUGUUAUUUACCCGAAAAUGCCAGAUCGUGUAGAAGCCAUGUGCAGGGUAGUUUAGUAAAUUAGAUUGUCUGCGGCUCAUCCACCUGAACAAGAACAAGAUUGAAUAUCGGUAGAAUUCCGCAAUUAUCGCUUAUUUCAUCUCAGAUUUCAAAAAAAAAAGUCUUUUCUUUUAAUAAUUAAAAUUCCCAUUCUUCCCCUGAUCCAAGAAUUUUAAUUCUUUCUUCAUCUUCACUCUACAAACCUCGUGGUUAUACCUACGCUUGUACGCCAUACAAAGAAACUGAAACGACACCGUUUCGAUGCACGCUUCAAUUCCCUCAAUGCUGUUAAUUUUGAUCAUCAAAUUGAAGAUUAAAUCUGCAGUAAAGUGAUUAAAAAUUGGUUAGAUUUCGUUUGUGGGUUGUUGGUCACUUUCAACAAUUAGUGUUAAAGAUUAGUUUUUUAUUCAAUUCCAGAUGUGUUAGUAUUAUAUUUGGUAAAAAUAAUUAAAAAAGACAAUGACUUUGGAUUCUCCAAAGGGAAUUUUUGGAGGAUUAGUGGUAUUUCCACGGUCAAUUUCUUCAAUUGCUGUCUCAGUAGGAGGCUUAGCAAUUUUCUUGAUUUUUGCUUCUGUGCUUCUUGUUUCUUACCCUAUAGGAUCCACUGUUCAUCAGUAUUUUUAUGGUGUUGAUAAUGUUAGUGAUAAUUUGGUUUUACCUGUCCGUCCCGAUACUAAUAUAAACCGUCUUGAUAGUAAUGAAGAUUUGACUAUUAAGAACUCUCCUUCUGGGUCUAGUUUAGAGAUACCUGUUAGUUCUAGCAGUUUUAAUGGUAGUGUAGAUGUCAGUGAUAAAAGUUCUGAGCCCAAUCUGGCGGUGAACGUCGGGGAUAAGGAAAAGGAUAAUUCAGUUGUGUCCGGUGAUGGAGGAGAUUUUGCGACGGAUAAUGCAUCUGGUAACGUAGUGAAAGGAUCAGAUGAAAUUAGGCCAGUUGAUUCUUCGGAUGAUGGAUCGGAGGCUGAGUCAGCUAUAUCUAAUGUUUCCAACAAUGGAACCAAGAGUAUUUCUGAUUAUUCAGCUUGUGAUCUGUACGAUGGAAGCUGGUUUUAUGAUCCAAUGGGACCCGUAUAUACAAACAACACAUGCCCUGUCCUGACUCAGAUGCAGAACUGUCAGGGGAAUGGGAGGCCUGACCAGGAAUAUGAGAAUUGGCGUUGGAAACCCUCUCAGUGUGAUCUUCCACGGUUUGAUGGAAAGAAGUUUCUAAAUUUGAUGAGGGGCAAAACUCUAGCUUUUGUUGGUGAUUCUGUUGCUCGCAACCAGAUGGAAUCAAUGUUGUGCCUCCUCUGGCAGGUAGAAGUUCCAAAAAAUCGGGGAAAUAAAAGAAUGCAACGAUACUACUUCCGCUCAACAUCGACCAUGAUUGUUCGAAUAUGGUCGUCUUGGCUUGUUCAUAAAGCAUCAGAAGCUAUCGACUUCGCUCCGGAGGGUGUUGUCAAGCUCCACCUAGAUGCUCCAGAUGAGGAUUUUAUGCAGUACAUCCCGACUUUUGAUGUCAUAGUACUUUCUUCUGGCCAUUGGUUUGCCAAGCAGUCCGUAUAUGUCUUGAACAAUGAAGUCGUCGGAGGCCAGUUGUGGUGGCCCGACAAGUCUCGUCCUAUGAAGGUUAACAAUGUUGAAGCAUUCGGGAUAUCUACCGAGACAAUUCUCACUUCUAUUGCUACCCAUCCGAAUUACACUGGACUUACAAUUUUGCGUACCUAUUCACCCGAUCAUUACGAAGGUGGCGCCUGGAAUACUGGGGGAUCAUGCACAGGAAAGGUGAAACCUCUUUCGCCAGGAGAAUUGGUGGAAAAUGGCUUUACAGAUACAAUGCACAAGAAACAGGUAACAGCUUUUGAUAGUGCGAUUAAGAAGGGAACCAAUAAAUCAAAGUUGAGGUUGUUGGAUAUCACCAAACCUUUCAGUUAUCGCCAUGAUGGGCAUCCGGGUCCAUAUCGAAGCCCUGAUCCCAAUAAAGUUACGAAACGCGGACCAGAUGGAAGGCCUCCGCCGCAGGAUUGCUUACAUUGGUGCAUGCCAGGUCCAGUUGAUACCUGGAAUGAACUUGUACUUGAAAUAAUAAGGGUGGAAUUUGAGAGCAACUCAAGUUCUUCCUCGUGAGACUGCCGUCUUUCUGUCGCAAAACAGUCUCGAGUCUCACUUCUGUAAGUGAAACCACAACUUGUUUAGUGAGAGUCGGGUAAUUGUAGAGCCGAGAUUAGCCUAGUCCUCUGCAUUUUGAUAAUUUUCAGCAGGGAGACAAAAAGUCUUCUUGAGAUAUCAUCUGCAGCAAUGUAUCGGCUGUUAGUGUUCUGUGUUGUUAAGGCCUUGUUCUAUUUUUGGUUCAAAUAUUAGAAUAUAGUUCAUAUUUAACUGUAGAGAAAAAUGAGUGAUAUUUAUUCGAUAAAAUGUAAUAGUAUGCAAGUUAUAAUGAAUACAAAGCUUUCUUGAUUUUGUCUUCA